AUGAAUGCUUGCCCCAACGGCCUAGCCAAGGGCAUCCUUCGCGAGCCAAAGACGCCCGCGCCCAAAGAGCAAGCGACGCCGGCGCCCACGGCCGAGGAGUAUAGCUCCUAUGAAACGGAGACCGAAGAAGAAGGCCCACCACCCGCGCCACCGCCGCCUGCGCCGCCUGCUGCGCCGGCAGCUGCGCCGGCAGCUCCCGUCGCCGCACGCGCGCAGCUGCCGCCGGCGCCGGUCACGGAGCGUCGGGACAUGGCCUGUGGGCCGGAUGUGCCGUACCGAGAGCCAAGGCCACCAGCCAUGCUUGACGUCGCAUGUCAGACGAAGGAGUCCUGCUUCGAGCGCUCGGUACGGGAUGUGGCCUGUGGUCCAGAUGAGCCGAUGAGCUUCCCAGGCGCUCCAUCUGCACCCGUGACUGCGGCACCGGCGGCGCCGGACGGUGCUGUGGCACCCGAGAUGCCACCUGAGCAGCCCAAGAAGAAGCGGAGGAAACACCGGAAGCUUCCGGAAGGGCCCCACUGGCAGGCCGUCUCGACCGGAGCUGGAGCCGGCGAACCCGCUUCGAUCCGGGGCGCAGGACCUGAUCCGCCUGAGAUCAAGCGAGACCUUUCACCCGUAGAACCUGCGGCACCUGUGGCACCUGCAGAACCUUUGGCAUCCACAGCAGCCGUCACCUUACCCGCAGCUGUUGCAGCGCCCACUCCGCCGCCGCCGGCGCCCGCUGCGCCACCGGCGCCUGACCCGUCACCUUCACCGUCCCCUUCACCGUCGCCCUCGCCCGAGCCCUCGCCAGCCGCACCGGUUCCAGAGCCGGUGGCACCGGUGGCAGAGCAAUCCGUAGCCGUGGAGCCAGCGGACUCGACUGGGCUGACGGAGAGUGAUUUGAGCGAGGGCAGUGAGGACUCUGCAGAGAAGGAGGAGCCAGAGAAGAUGGAGGAGGCAGAGAAGAUAGAAAAGGAAGAGGUACAGGAGGAGCCGGAGCCGAAGCCAGAGCUGAAGCUGGAAGCGCCGGUGGAAGCGCCGGUGGAAGCGCCGGUUCCGCGGCCGGAAACAAAGGCGUCAUCUCUGGAGCUGAAGCCGCUGGAGACGCGCAACGAGGUCCGGCACGAGCGCCGGACGGAGCGCGACGACUUCGGCGGACGCCGCCGCGGUUCGCCGCGGGGCGACCCACGGGUGUCCCAGGACCAUCGUCACAACCAUCGCCCACGGGACCGACGAUCCUUCCCAAAGCGGCGGCGGUCGACGGAAGGACAUCGGCGUCGAACUCCCAGGCCCUCUCGCCGUUCCCGGCGUCCCUCCCGUGCCUCGCGGCGCGAAAAACCGCGCCGCCGGGGCGCGGCGUCGGGGCGGUCGCGGUGCCUCCAGUUGCGGAGCGCCCCACGCAGCAGAAGGCCCGGCCCUGGGGCCACAUCCCCGAUGCCUCGCUACCCCGUGCCAGUCGCAGAAGCCGAGAGCCGGCACCAAAGGCUCAGACCGCUCGCCCCGGCGCCUCACGCCCUCCCCCCGGCCGCGGCGCCGCACGCCGUCGCCCCGGCGCGGUCGCACGCCGGAAGCGGCGCCCCGGCGGCGGUCGGAAGCGGCGAAGGAGCGGAAGUCGCCACAGGAGACAAGGCGAAGGAGGACUCCGACUACGAGACGGAUACCUCAGCGUCCAGCCCACGGGCGCAAGACUCCCGGAGAGAAGACAGGCAUCCAAUGCCACCACCUGCUGGGCUGCCGCCAGAUGAGGCCCAACAGGCGUUUCAGCGGUGGCAGGCGAUGGCUGCAGCACUGCAUCCGAGCAUGUCCUUUUCGAACUACUAUGGCUUUCUUCAGAACAUGCCACCGGCCUACUACUCUCAGUCUCAUUCGACGCGCUAUCGCGGCUACGAGGAGCGCUCGCACCGUCCGGGUGGCAAGGGCCGAGGGUAUCACCACCAGGACCAGCAGAUUACUGCACCGCGCUAUAGGCAUGACCGCGAGCGUCGAGCAUUCCGGGAUGAGGGGCCGGCGAACACGCAUGAGCGAACAUCAAAGCCAGCGACGGAGGCGGAUGAAGCGAAGAAAGAGGCCAAUCCUGAAGCUGCCAGCGCGGCUGCAGAGGCUGUUCAGCAUGAAGCGGGCUCGAAGGAAGUUCCUCCAGAGGCACCAGCGAGCCGAGCGGAUACUUUCGCGGAACCGGCGGAGGCCAGACCAUCGGAAGCACCUGCUGAGGCGGGCUGA